AUGGCAGCAAGGGAAUCUUUACUCGGAUGGAGUUUGCCUAUCAGCCCGCAAGAUUGCGCUGCGGUGAACCAUCCCAUAGCCUGCAACUUCCAGCUUUACAACAACGCCUCGAGCCUCACCGAGACCCAGAAACUCGCACCCAACAACGACAUCACCGGCAGAGCCGCAAGCAUUCCCACUCCCAUGCUCACGUAUACCGAGCUAACACUUCCACAGAUCAUGUAUGCCUUCUUAUGGAGCAGCAUCACUGCCCUCGUGCCCUCGACCCUCCUGAUCUAUGACCGUUUUCAGUGGCAUUUCCGAAGCCACAGCUUCAGCGAGAAGCACAAAUACCUCUGCAGCAUCCACGCUCUACAGCGCCUACUUCACGGGAUCAGUGACCACCAGCUCAUCGCCGGCCUCGCUCUGCUCGCCACGCUAAACAACCAAGCCUGUUCCAUCUCCGCUUACCAUUACAAUAUAGUGUGCACAAUGCUGAUCCUCAGCGCCGUCACACAUCUCAACUCGCUGCUCAGUAUCCAAGACUUCAUCCACAAAGGCCGUAUUGUGGCCUUAGUCCGCGUCGCUGCGAUCACAGCGCAGUAUGGCCUUUCGGCGAUGGUGCUCAGCGGACGCAAUGCUAAAACGGGCCGCGGGUUUCCGAUGACCGCUGGGUCACUGGGGAUCAUGCCGGCACCGUGCUUUUUGAACCUUAAUGCGUCGAGUUACUUUGGCUUCGGCGAUGCUAUUGAUGCGGCGGAGAACUUCACAGCGACGGCAUUUGGAUCCGGUAACGCGACUAUGAAUGCUACAGCCAUGAUGGACGAUACGUCUGAUGGCCUGAAAAUGUCGCCAUUCUGGCAAUAUGUCUUGCUCGUCGUAGUUUUGGGCUUUGCCUUGGUGUUCGUAAUCGCCGAGGGGACUCACGCGUGGUACAAGGAUAGACAGGAAGGCAACAAGCCCCCGCCACCGAGUAAGAUCAUAAGUGCGAUUGGCAUCGUCCUUUCAGCAGUCGGUUUAUUUGCCAGCGCCGCGGUCUUGAUCCUCGUUUACAUACAGUACGAAAAUCUCCGAAGAGGCAUGGAGAUCUCCGCAUGGUACCAAAUCCAUCUCGCCGAGCGGCAAUCCUGGAGCUACUCGGAGUUCAUGACAGUAUUCCUGAUCACGAGUGCAUUGUUACACGGCGUGAAAGCCUUGAGUGGUCGGCGCUUUGCGACAGAGGCAAAUAAGGAAUACAAUCGAGUUGGCAGAAUGGUACCGGACGAUGAACAGGGAGAGAAAUAUCUGGAUGAAUAG